GAGACAAAUGACAGUAAGUCGCCAUAGAGUAUAUGUGCUAUGGGAGUAAUGACUAUUAUCAUUUCAUUAUCAAUUUCAAUUGUAGUGAAAUAAUCUAUUCUAAUAAUCGAUUUCUGCUAAAUAAAACAAUAAAUACGAAAAAUAUAUCUGUGUGACUGUGUUAGUUAAAUGAGAUUUCAUCGUGGUUGUUGAAAGUCAUUAGUGAUAACAAAAUUACGGCGAUGUCUUUGUCAACUAAUUUCUGUUUAGGUUUCCUUACAAUAGUUGUUACUUGUAUUAUUUUAUCCAGCAAUAACAAUGUACAAGCUAGUGAAAAUGAUGCUGAAAGCAUUUCAAAAAUUGGACAAGGUGUAGGUCAUAUUAUGAACAUUUAUUACUGUUAUUCUUGCGGAUACAGAAAAGUUUUUGAAGACUAUGCGGGUAUAAUUCAACAAAAAUACCCUGAAAUAUCGGUCAUUGGAGCCAAUUAUGAUCCUCCAGGUUUAAAUAUGUAUCUAUCGCGAUUGAUUGGUUUUGGCAAGAUGAUACUGAUCAUGUGCAUACUUAGUGGAGUAAACAUAUUUGCUUGGCUGAACAAACCACAGCCUGCUUGGUGGAGUUGGUGCCUUGAGAACAAACUGUAUGCAUGCAUGAUGAUGUUUUUCUUAGCUAACAUGGUUGAGGGACAGUUAGUGUCAUCUGGUGCAUUUGAAAUAUCCUUAAACAACAUUCCACUGUGGUCCAAGUUAGACACAGGAAGAAUCCCACAGCCACCUGAGCUGUUUCAAAUAAUUGACAAUACAUUGCAGUUCUCAAAAAUGGAAUUGUCCAAUAAUAACUUUGUGCAAUAAUAAUUUGAUGUUGCAACUUUGCAUAUAUUGUUUAUAAAUGGGACUGAGGUUUUUAAGAUAAAUAGGGUGAGAUAUAGAGAAUUCAUAAAUUUCAUGUAAUAAUAGGCAUUAAAGUUCAGAUAAUUUAUUAUUGAAAAUAAUGUGUUAGGUACAAUUCUAUUAUGCUUCACAAGCCUUACACAAAUUUUAAGCUAUCUAUUGUGAACAUGUUGUUUCUGAGGUGUAAUGUGCUAUACAUCUAUCCAUACUCUCUUGACCACAAUAAUGUUACCCUGGUUUAGAACUCACAUCAUUGAUACUGUAAUAUGUGUAACAAUAGUAGAAAAUUACAAAUACAUAAAGAAUUAGGUGCUAUUUGUUACAUUUUUCAAUAUUUGCAGGCGCACUUGAAGCAAGCAAAUAAUAAUAGUGAUUGUUUAUCUCAAGUAGUAUAAUUUUAAGCAUGUUUCACAACUAUUGUGACUCAUAAUUUAGCAAUUUUUAUUUCCAAUUUAGUUUUUCUCUGGAAAAUAAGCAUUCAGAAUUUAGUAUGUUUAGGCACAGCUGUUAUUGUUACAAAAGAACCAGUUCAUUGCAAUAAUUGAAUAAAUUAAUAUUUAACUCGUUGAGUACCGUCAUUAUAGACACAAUUAUAGAACAAUAGGUUGCGGUCACCGAUGACCGCUUGGUAUUUGACAGUUUAAUGAAGGCAUUUGUUCUAAGUUUAGUUACUUUUUAUGACUAGAAUACAUAAAAGCAAUUUUUCUUUACAAUAAUAUGUUAAAACUUUGUUUUUGCAUUACAUUGUUGUUGCAUAUAAACCCUAAUAGUCCAUGUAAUUAAUAUGUUAUAAACACCUCUAAGUUACAUACUUUAAAUAUUCUGCUAAGUAGAUGUUUAUAAUAUUGUAAUUUUUUGUGACUCGCUUGUUGCAUUUAGUAUAAUACAAAUGUGUUAAAAAUAACUUGUAUUUUGAGUGAAAAGCUUACCAAUAAAUAGUUUUUGAAAAGUCACAGUAUCAUAAAAACAAAAAAUGAAUUAGAACUAUUGCUGACAUAAUCAUUUAGCUACAUGUAAACAUGUUUUUUUUGCCUCUUCAGUAGGUAUGCAAUGUUUUGAUGUAUUGUUUAAUAUUGUUAAUAGUACAAAAUACUCUAAUUAACUGAAGCUGUUCAAAAUGUCUUAAAUAUCUAAAAUCACUUAAUAUACUAAUUAAUAAUGUUUUUUGUUUAUUUAUCUAGUCAGGAUUUCAGUAAUGUUCAACAAAGAAAACAUGUCCUUACUUUGUGAAACCCUAUUUAAAUAAAAGUUUAAAUUAAAAUA